AUGUUGCUACGACUGGUAAAACUCACUGACGAUGCCGGCGAAACGUCUGGGAAUGUACCGCGUCCACGGUCCGAAGAUAGUGUUGUACUAAUGGUGAAACUCACUGACGAUGCCAACUACGAUGCCGGCGAAACGUCUGGGAAUGUACCACGUCCACAAUCCGACUCUGGAAAUAAUUAUGCAUACAAUGGACUCAGGACAAGACGGUUGUAA